AUGAACUCAACGACCUCCUUUGCCGCUACCAUACCUCCCAACACCAACCUCUAUCAUUAUACGCCGACAAAGAGCCUUUGCUACCUGUUCCUCAUACUCUUCUCUCUGUCGACGGCUGGACACGUCUUCUUUGCCUUUCGCUACCGCCUGUGGUGGAUAUUCCCCACGAUUGUCUUGGCAGGAGCCGGAGAAAUCGCCGGCUGGGUCUCGCGGGCGGUUUCGAGCAACAACCCAACGAUCCAGAGUGUCUAUAUCAUCCAGUCAACUUGCCUUGUGCUUGCGCCGACCGCGCUGCUAGCGUCCAUCUUCAUCAUAUUUGCUCGCUUGUCAGAAUGCGUCGGCAGUCGCUACGGUCGUCUUACAUCCCGUCUCUAUUCACGGAUAUUCCUAACCUGCGACAUCGUCGCACUACUAAUUCAAGGCAACGGCGGCGGCCUUGCGGCUUCGGCCAAGACUGAGUCUCUCCAAAAGCUGGGCAGCGAUAUCAUGCUAGUCGGUAUUAUCUUCCAGACAGUUGCCAUGAUCGUCUUCAUCAUCCUUGCCUCUGAAUUCUUCUACCGCUACUUCAAGGAUCUCCCCGCACGGCCCGAGGAAAGCUACUACAACCCGUCUCGUGCUACCGGUCGUAUCCCGCUCAGCCGGAACUUGAAGUUGAUGAUCAUCGGGCUCAGUCUUGCCAUGCUGUUCCUGCUCAUCCGUGGAUUUUACCGAAUCUUCGAACUCGCGGACGGAUGGAACGGCAGGAUUAUUUCCACGCAAUGGCUGUUCAGUGAGCAUACAGUCCCGGUACGCGAGCACAGUAACCCAAUACCCCCCACAGAUACAUUUGACGGCGCGAUGAUUGUCCUAGCCAUGUACACCUUGAACGUUUUUCACCCUGGCCCUCUGCUCUCCGGCUCCACGCAAGACUCUGCCUCAAGCUCAGAGGCUGACAAGCCUGUGCCGGUGUAUGGGCAUGUUGAGACUUUGCAGAUGAGAGCAGUGUAGAUAUCCGUCACCUACAACGCUAGCUUUUAUCGUCUACUGCGUAUGAUUGCGGAGCUAAACGUCGUAUUUGCGCAGUGGGCAUUAUUCAUGGUUCUGGCUAGGCAGGGACGGUGCCGAAUGGACAUAGAUUAUUUCUGUACCUGAUAGAAUUGGGACUACUUCACUUUACUCGCUCAUCCUUUCUCUCUAUGU